AUGCCCCACAGCCCUGCGUCCAGCGUGGACGAGGAACGCCACAGUGCCAGCGAGUGUCCCGAGGGGGGCUCGGAGUCCGACAGCUCCCCAGACGGGCCCGGGAGAGGCCCCCGGGGGACCCGGGGCCGGGGCAGCGGGGUGCCUGUUAGCCUGGCCUCCCUGCGAGGCCUGCAGGGCCGGUCCAUGUCUGUCCCCGACGACGCUCACUUCAGCAUGAUGGUCUUCAGGAUUGGGAUCCCGGAUCUGCACCAGACGAAAUGCCUGCGCUUCAACCCCGACGCCACUAUCUGGACGGCCAAGCAGCAGGUGCUGUGUGCCUUGAGCGAGAGCCUGCAGGACGUCCUCAAUUAUGGCCUGUUCCAGCCGGCCACCUCGGGCCGGGACGCCAACUUCCUGGAGGAGGAGAGGUUGCUGAGAGAGUACCCCCAAUCCUUUGAGAAGGGGGUGCCCUACCUGGAGUUUCGAUACAAGACCCGAGUUUACAAACAGACCAACUUGGAUGAGAAGCAGCUGGCCAAGUUGCACACGAAGACGGGGUUGAAGAAGUUUCUGGAGUAUGUGCAGCUCGGGACGUCCGACAAGGUGGCACGGCUACUGGACAAGGGGCUGGACCCCAAUUAUCAUGACUCGGAUUCCGGAGAGACCCCCUUGACGCUGGCUGCGCAGACUGAAGGAUCCGUGGAGGUGAUCCGAACCCUGUGCCUGGGCGGGGCCCACAUCGACUUCCGGGCCCGGGAUGGCAUGACGGCGUUGCACAAAGCUGCAUGUGCCCGCCAUUGCCUGGCGCUCACGGCACUCCUGGACCUCGGGGGCUCCCCCAACUACAAGGACCGCCGGGGGCUGACCCCUCUGUUCCACACAGCUAUGGUGGGGGGGGACCCCCGGUGCUGCGAGCUGCUGUUGUACAACAGAGCCCAGCUGGGCACCGCCGACGAGAACGGCUGGCAGGAGAUCCACCAGGCCUGCCAGCGGGGCCACUCGCAACACCUGGAGCACCUGCUCUUCUACGGGGCGGAGCCCGGAGCCCAGAACGCGUCAGGGAACACAGCCCUGCACAUAUGUGCCCUCUACAACAAGGAGACCUGUGCCAGGAUCCUGCUGUACCGAGGGGCCAACAAGGACGUGAAGAAUAACAAGGGACAGACCCCUUUCCAGGUCGCAGUGAUUGCUGGGAACUUUGAGCUGGGAGAGCUGAUCCGAAACCACCGAGAACAGGAUGUGGUGCCCUUCCAGGAGUCCCCCAAAUAUGCAGCCCGGCGGCGAGGACCCCCGGGCGCAGGGCUGACGGUGCCCCCAGCCCUGCUGCGAGCCAACAGUGACACCAGCAUGGCCCUGCCCGACUGGAUGGUGUUCUCAGCGCCCGGCGCCUCAUCCUCCGGGGGCCCUGCUCCAAGCUCAGGGCCCCAGGGCCAGUCGCAGCCCCCAGCCCCCAGCACCAAGCUCAGCAGUGGGACCCUCCGAAGUGCCAGCAGCCCCCGAGGAGCCCGGGCCCGCUCCCCGUCCCGCGGGAGGCACCCUGAGGAAGCCAAGAGGCAGCCCAGAGGAAGGCCCAGCUCCAGUGGGACGCCCCGGGAAGGGCCGGCCGGGGGCACGGGGGGCUCGGGGGGCCCUGGGGGCUCCCUGGGCAGUCGCGGGAGGCGGAGGAAGCUCUACUCGGCCGUCCCUGGACGCUCCUUCAUGGCGGUGAAGUCGUACCAGGCCCAAGGCGAGGGGGAGAUCUCCUUGAGCAAGGGCGAGAAGAUCAAAGUGCUUAGUAUCGGGGAAGGAGGCUUCUGGGAAGGCCAGGUCAAAGGUCGUGUUGGGUGGUUUCCCUCUGACUGCCUGGAGGAGGUGGCCAACCGCUCCCAGGAGGGGAAGCAAGAAAGCCGGAGCGACAAGGCAAAGAGACUGUUCCGCCAUUACACCGUGGGCUCCUACGACAGCUUUGAUACCCCAAGCUUGAUGGAUGGGACUGGCCCUGGGAGCGAUUACAUCAUUAAGGAGAAGACCGUCUUGCUGCAGAAGAAGGACAGCGAGGGGUUUGGGUUCGUGCUCCGGGGGGCCAAGGCGCAGACCCCCAUCGAAGAGUUCACCCCCACCCCGGCCUUCCCGGCGCUGCAGUAUCUGGAGUCCGUGGACGAGGGGGGCGUGGCCUGGAGAGCCGGACUGCGCAUGGGCGACUUCCUCAUCGAGGUGAACGGGCAGAACGUGGUGAAGGUGGGCCACCGGCAGGUGGUGAACAUGAUCCGCCAAGGAGGCAACACGUUGAUGGUCAAGGUGGUGAUGGUUACCAGGCACCCGGACAUGGAUGAGGCCGUCCACAAGAAAGCACCCCAGCAGGCAAAGCGGCUCCCACCCCCGGCCAUCUCCCUACGUUCCAAGUCCAUGACCUCGGAACUGGAGGAUAUGGAGUACGACCACCAGUCUGCACCGAUGCCCAGCAUGGAGAAAAAACGGACCGUGUACCAGAUGGCUCUCAACAAACUGGAUGAAAUCUUGGCCGCAGCUCAGCAGACCAUCAGUGCCAGUGAGGGGCCUGGGCCUGGUGGCCUGGCGUCCCUGGGCAAACACCGGCCCAAAGGUUUCUUUGCCACUGAGGUGGACAGCCGCAGCAGCAGCGACCACCCCCUGGAGACCAUCAGUAGCGCUUCCACGCUCAGCAGUCUGUCCGCCGAAGGGGGCGGCAGCGCAGGGGCCGGCGCGGGAGGGGGGGCCGGCGCGGCCAGCGGGCCCGAGCUUCUGGACACCUACGUGGCCUACCUGGACGGCCAGGCCUUCGGGGGCGGUGGGCCCGCCGGCCCGCCGUACCCCCCCCAGCUCAUGACCCCCUCUAAGCUGCGGGGACGGGCCCUCGGGGGCAGCGGAGGCCUGCGACCUGGCCCCAGUGGGGGACUCCGCGACCCUGUCACCCCCACCAGCCCCACUGUCUCAGUGACGGGGGCCGGAACCGAUGGGCUGCUGGCCCUGAGUGGCGGACCCUCGGCGUCGGGUGUGGCCGGGGGGCCGGUAGCCGUGGAGGCAGAAGGCCCGGCCCUGCCCUUGCCGACAGCCUCGUCCCUGCCUCGCAAGCUGCUGCCUUGGGAGGAAGGGCCAGGCCCCCCGCCACCGCCCCUGCCUGGGCCCCUGGCCCCGCCUCAAGCCUCAGCCUUGGCGACAGUCAAAGCCAGCAUCAUCAAUGAACUGAGCUCCAAGCUCCAGCAGUUUGGGGGCUCCGCGGCAGCCGGUGGCCCUCUGCCCUGGGCGCGAGGAGGCAGCGGGGGAAGCACGGACAGCCACCACGGGGGACCAAGCUACGUCCCCGAGAGGACGUCCUCCCUGCAGCGGCAGAGACUCUCAGAAGAUUCCCAGUCUUCACUUCUCUCCAAACCAGUCAGCAGCCUGUUUCAGAACUGGCCCAAGCCACCUCUGCCAUCACUCCCCACGGGAACAGGGGUCCCUCCUUCUGCUGCGGCGGCCCCCGGCGCCACCUCACCCUCGGCCUCCUCCUCCACGUCCACCCGCCACCUCCAGGGCGUGGAUUUCGAGAUGCGGCCCCCUCUGCUCCGCCGGGCGCCCAGCCCCUCACUGCUGCCCGCCUCGGAGCACAAGGUCAGCCCUGCUCCACGACCCUCGUCCCUGCCCAUCCUGCCCUCCGGACCCCUGUACCCAGGCCUCUUCGACAUCCGUGGCUCUCCCACUGGAGGGGCAGGGGGCUCGGCUGACCCCUUCGCCCCCGUCUUCGUGCCACCUCACCCAGGGAUGUCUGGGGGCCUUGGGGGAGCCUUGUCGGGGGCCUCCCGCUCCCUCUCACCGACCCGCCUGCUUUCGCUGCCCCCGGACAAGCCAUUUGGCGCCAAACCCCUGGGCUUCUGGACCAAGUUCGACGUGGCCGAUUGGCUGGAGUGGCUGGGCUUGGCCGAGCACCGAGCCCAGUUCCUAGACCAUGAGAUCGAUGGCUCCCACCUGCCCGCCUUGACCAAGGAGGACUACGUGGAUCUGGGUGUGACCAGGGUGGGCCACCGAAUGAACAUUGACCGGGCUCUCAAGUUUUUCCUGGAGAGGUGA